AUGAGUUUCCUCGAUUCUGUCCUCUCGUCUCUCCAGACGGGUAAACCCGCCCAACUGCCACCGUCUCAGGCGCCUGCCUCGCCUGCGCCUUCCGUGCCUAAGAAAGAGGAGCGAAAACCGAUCGCCGUGCGACAGGCGCCUUCCACCAGCGGUAAUGUCAAUGGAGGUACUAAGCGCAAAGCUGAGGAUCAGCUGUCUCGGCCACCAAAACCUGAAAGCAAGGCGACGAAUAGCCCCGCCCCAAUGAAGUCUUCGGUUCCCACGAGACCAGCGGUAUCAUCUACAGCGACCAGAGUUGUGCCAAAGCCAGCCUCGACCAAUAUCUCCAGACAAACCCUGUCCAAGCCCACCUCCAAACCUAGUUUGUCUGCGGCCCCCAAAGUGGCCCCCUCACAGAAGGCACCCCUUGCCAAACCCACCCAGGUAGCUGCUGCCACACAGUCGAAGCCGCCACCAAAGGGAUCAUUUGCGGAGAUCAUGGCGCAGGCAAAGGCCAAGCAAGAGAAGGCGCCCGUGGGAGUGGGCCUACUACGACACAGAGCCGGCCCCAAAGAAAGACUCACCAAGGUGGAGCGGAAGCGUCGCAUGAUGGAACUUCAGGCCAAAGAAAAAGAAGCGCGUUUGGGAAGCAAGGCUGGAUCGGGUGUUUCUACCAAGGAUAGAUCUGCUGUCCGACAGCGCGAUUCCCAGGAGCCCACAUACAGGGGCACGGCUAAACCGACGCAGAAUCCCGAGCCGCCUACAUACCGUGGAACUGCGGGCUUGCCGUCAAGCCGUAGCGGAAACGACCGUCGACAUCAGUCUCGCAAUUCCAGACAGAACGAAUAUCUCGGAACUGACGAGGAAGACGAGGGUGAUUUCGGUGGCUAUGACGAUUAUUAUUCGGAUGCAUCGUCCGACAUGGAGGCCGGAAUAGACGAUGUGGACCGCGAAGAAGCGGCUGCAUUGGAAUAUGCCAAACGGGAGGAUGAGAAAGAGCUGCGAGCAGAAAUGGCGGCUAAGAAAGAGAAGUUGGAGCGCCAGCGAAAAUUGGCCGCUCUUGCUUCUAGGACCAAGCGUUGA